UGCCAUCACGCAACCGAGACGAGUUGCCGCAAUCAAUCUGGCCAGACGUGUAGCAGAGGAAAUGGGAAGUCCCCUCGGAUCAGCAAGUCCAGCUAGUAAAGUCGGGUACAGUGUCCGGUUCGACGACAAUACUAGCCCAUCCACUCGGAUCAAAUACCUCACCGAGGCUGCAUCAUAAUAGAUGAAGUUCACGAACGAAGUGUCAAUGUCGACCUCCUGCUAGGUUUCUUGAAGGCUUUAGUAUAUGGCCAACGGAAGGACUCGCUGCGGAUUGUAGUCAUGAGUGCAACAGCGGAUGUGCAGGGUAUUUCCGAAUUCUUUGCGACCCCACCGGGCCCUGCAAAAGACCCUACAGAUGGCACUGUUGCAGUUGCAGUACAGCCGUCGGACAUGGUCGGAAUAUGUCACGUGGAGGGGCGACAAUUCACAGUCAAGACGCACUAUCUCGACAAGCCAGCAGAGCCACUGAGCGAUGCGGCGAUGUCUCGAAUCUUUCAUAUUCACAUCAAAGAAGCAUUACCUGGAGAUAUUCUUGUGUUCAUGACCGGGCAAGAAUCGAUUCAAGGACUACAAAAAAUGGUGGAAGACACCGCAGAGAGACUCCCGAAUGACGUUCCAAAGAUGCUAGUCCUACCGCUCUAUGCCGCUCUGCCACAAGAGGCACAACAGCGCGUCUUCAAUCCGGCGCCGCGAUUCACGCGCAAAGUGAUCCUGGCUACCAACAUUGCGGAAACAUCCGUCACAGUACCCGGCGUGCGAUUUGUCAUCGACGGCGGAAAAUCGAAAGUCAAGAGAUUUCACAAUACCCUAGGCUUCGAGUCUCUCGUAGGAAAAGCCAUUUCAAAGUCGUCUGCUGAUCAGCGCAAAGGUCGUGCUGGUCGUGAAGCGCCAGGGCAAUGCUAUCGACUCUAUACAGAGAAAAGCUACAACGAACUCGAGCCUCAAAUGUCACCUGAGAUUCAGCGUAGUAAUCUAAGCUCUGCUGUUCUUGCCAUCAAAGCUCGCGACCUCGAUACCUCUAGCGGCGGUAUGGACGACAUCCGCUUCUUCCCGUUUCUUACACCUCCAAGUGACGAUGCACUCGAACGAGCUUGUCUGCAGCUACAUUGGAUUGGCGCACUCGAUGCGAAGACCGGUAAGAUCACUCCUCUCGGUCGCCAGAUUGCUCGAAUGCCGCUCCCUCCCCAACUCGGCCGCGUCGUGCUCGAAGCAGCGAAACCAGAGCGCGACUGUCUUCGAGACGUAAUCGAUAUCGUAGCUUGUUUGAGUGUUGAGAGCAUAUUUCUUCCCGCAGAGACCGAAGAUGCCAGAGAAAAGGCUGCCGAGGCCCGGUCACAGCUGUUUCGUAGAAGCGGCGAUCACAUGACCUUACUUGCCACAAAAGCCGCCCUCGAACGAUUCUCAGCCAUUAUGAUUGCUAGGAGUGAUGGGAAGCCUGGAGAUCGUCCCAGAUCAUCCGAAAAAAGCGAAGACUUUCACUCAAAUGUGAAAGGCAUACUCAAAUGUAUGCUCAGAGGUAGAGCUAAACAUCGAUGACCAGCUUUCCAAGAGGGCUUCCGAACUUCAAGCGGUCACAACCGCCAGAAAUUGAAUCAAGUCAUCGCGGCCUUAAGCUGCAAAUCUU